GACCAAGGACAACACACACAUACACUCUCUCUCGCGCACACACACACACACACACACACACACACAUACACUAUACAGGCACUCACUUAUUCACACCACAGAAUUCCAUCCAGGACAAUGGCCUAUAGUUAUGACCUCAGCAUGUCUAAUGAUACUGAAGAAAACGCAACCUACCUGGACUACAGUGGCUACUAUGGCAUGGCAGAAACAGAGACAGAGUCUGAACUGUGCUCAACUGAAGACGUGAAGAACUUCAGCCAAGUCUUCUUGCCCACGCUCUACAGCCUUGUUUUCAUAGUGGGGUUGCUGGGCAACGGCCUGGUGGUGUGCGUCCUGCUGUGGUUCCGCCGCAAGUGCAACCUGACGGACGUCUGCCUGCUGAACCUGGCGCUGUCCGACCUGCUGUUCGUCUUCUCGCUGCCCUUCUGGGCGCGCUACGCCGCCCUCGGCUACUGGCCCUGGGACGCCUCCAUGUGCCGCCUGGUCACCCUCCUCUACACGCUGGGUUUCUACGGCAGCAUCGGCUUCAUGGUCGUCAUGACGCUGGACCGCUACCUGCUGAUCGUCCACUCUCCGUCCAUCACGGCGUGGCGCACUCUGCGUCUCGGCACCGUCCUGAUCGGAGCCGUGUGGGCCCUGAGCCUGGUGGCCUCGCUGCCAAACAUGGUCUUCGUGGACGUCAACGGGACCGGGGAAGCACACGCCACAUGCGCCUUGGAGAUGUCGGCGGGCUCGGCGUGGCGCUCCUUCGAGUUCAUGGAGAUGAACAUCUUAGGGCUGGUGCUGCCGCUGUGCAUCAUGGUGUUCUGCUACGGCAGGAUCAUCCCCACGCUCGUCAACAUGAAGACGCAGCGCAAGCACAAGGCCAUCAAGCUCAUCCUGGCCAUCCUCGUCGCCUUCUUCCUCUUCUGGACGCCGUACCACGUGGUCAUCUUCCUGCACAUGCUCAAGCAGCACGGCUUCUUCCUCAACUGCAACCAGAUGCAACGCCUCGAGCUGGCCAUGAAGUGGACGGAGACUAUCGCCUACACCCACUGCUGUCUCAACCCCAUCAUUUACGCCUUCGCCGGCGAGAAGUUCUGUCGUCUGGUGGUCAAGAUGCUGGGCCAGUGGCUGCCCAUGUUCUCUAUCUCCAGGGAGUUCUCUGAACGCCGCAGCUCGGUCUACUCACGGUCAUCAGAGAUCACCAGCACCAAGCUGAUAUGACCCACCCUGGUGCACCCACUCAGAGUUUCAGACAGACACACUGCCUUUGUGCACCGUGUCUAUAGCAGCCCUUUGAUGAGUAAAACUAAAAGUUCAAAUAGAUUAGUAGACUUCCAGUAACUGAAGUUUCGCCAGCAUUUAUGAUACAGUGAUGAGUUGUUGUCUGGCAAGUUUCUACAAUGACUUUGAACAAAUCAUUCGAAUCAUCCGACAAUCAUGAUGAUUCAAACGGCAGCUAUAAGUCUAGGAAUCACCACAGAAUCAGAAUUCCAUGCAGCGUGUGCGAGAGAGGCCUUUCUCCUGGAUCAAAUAAACCCACUGAGCGGUCUAGCUGGGAGAUCCCUUCAUGCCUCAUCAAAACAGUUCUCUAAUGCUGGUAAUGUGUUUGGCACAUAUUCCCUCCUGACUUUCAGAUUGGUUACGCUUCAAGAUAGCUCAAGACAUAGAGUGCAUGUUAAUGCAGCUGCUUUGUAGAAACUAGUGACUAGGUCCGAAUCUUUGCCAAUGAUGCAUUGUGCAGCAUGCUUUAGCAGGAUUUUCGACGUUACUCAUUCAUACAGUACGUCCCCAGUGAUCUGAGCAGAGUAGCUCAAGACUUGGAGUUCAUGUUAACACCACUGCUCUCUAGAGCCUCUAGUCAGAGUCUUUACCAAUGAUGCAUUGUGCAGCAUGCUUUAGCAGGAUCCUCUACAGUACUCAUUCAUACGUCCACAGUGCUAUAGAUUUUUGAAAGACUACAAUCUCAGACCCUCUCACAUCUGAAGACAUGACAUAGAGAUUUUAAGUCACAGACUAGUCACAGAUUAUGAUUUUGCAAUGACUAGAGAGAUCUUGCAGGGUCACUAUUUACAAGACUGCAACUACGGUACAGUAGAUUCCUUUAAAUUAUUUCCCAUUGUGCACUAGAUACCAAUAGGAACUCAAAUGAUAGCCUAUUCAUAUCAAAGUCAUAUUUUCAUGUUUCUGCAGCAUUGUUUCAUGUGCAACAUUCUGACAUGUCACAUCAAGAGAUAUAGAGUUGUUCUGUCAGAAUUUAUAUGAAAUGAAAUUACAAAUAAUCAUAUAGGCUACAGUUGUCACCUACUUGCUGUUUGGUGUUAGAGAAAGCUCACUAUUGGGUUUUAUAUUGUUCACAUCACUAUUUGCAUGAGCCACGACUAAAAAGACUUGCGAUAAUAAUAAACAUAUUGUCGAAACGCCGAGACUAGGAACCGCUAAAGGCCCCGGUACAGUUCACGCGACUUGUCGUGCGACAUGUUGACGUCACGGGGAACGUUGUAACCAUGUAUACUUGCGCGUGGUAGUCGCGACACAAUUUGCAGUAUUCUCCUGAACAGAGGCACGGUAUCAUUGACGUUAAUGGCAGUAGCAACUAGCUUCUUUACUGAUAUUUCAGACUUAGCUUGCACAACUGAAGGAUAAGCCUACCAUCUCGUUUAUGAGAUGAGUUUGUGUAAUUUCUCUAAAUGGAAAGAGAUUUUUUUUUUUUUUUUAGGUCUAGCAGAUAUCCUUUGGUUGAAAAUAAAUCUCUUCCUUACCUUUUGCUGGAAUGCUUAUGUGCCUCGGUCCUAGUCAUUUCCCCCUAAUUCCUCCUGUUGCAACUCUCACUGGUAACUUCGUUAACUUAUCCAACGUAGUUCACGACUGUAAACAAAACAGUCAUCCAAACGGCAACUCUCGCUGCAGCCUAGCCAUGUUAACUUCCCACUUCUCAAACUUACUAUUAUUCAAACUUCAUGACUACAGUCGUUUUAAAAAUGAAUGGGCUUAUUUAAGAUGUUGGAUAGGCUAUAUGAUAAUGCCUGAAUGUGGUUUAUGUGGUUGAUGACUGUAGAAGGACACUGGCUUCAUGCUUGGCUUCAAUCUCUUCCUAGUGUCGUGCGAGGUUGGCGCGCGCGGCUGAUAUCAAAUGUUCGUUGCGCGACAGGUCGGCGCACGGGUGAAAUGUGGCUUGCGACACAGGAAAUUACGUCAUUUUGACGUCACAUUGUCGCGCGACAGGUCGGGCGCGUCGAGUAUACUUCUAACUUAAGAUUGGCACCUUACACUGAAAAUUAUCUAGUUGACAGGAGUGUGCUGCAAUUUCAGUUUCAGUCAUUUACAUUCCAUAUUAUACACAUAGCCUAUCUAUGGACACACAGUAUAAAAUCUUGCAUCAGCAAUGUGUAAGUUGUGGCUCCAGCUGUGGUGCAAUUGGCUGGGACAGCUUCACUGUACGCUGGCGACCCGGGUUCGAUUCCCACCCUGUGGUCCUUUCCGGAUCCCACCCGCUUUCCUUCCCUCUCGCUUCCUGUCACUUCCCCACUGUCCUUUCACAAAGGCAUCAAAGGACCCAACAAUAGUUGUCACUGCCAGUCUGUUGCUGGAUAGACCCAGCCUCUGGAGAGGAACUGAGCUUGCCUACAGUAGACAUGUUUGGACUAAGAGACUUGGUUUGGAGACUGAGCUUAUUAUUAGACACUUGGCAUCGCAGAGACUCACAAGGCAGCAGUCAAAUGUGGACUACGGAUUUGGACAAUGAACGGAAUGAUGGAUAAUCAGUGGCUUACCUGGCUUAUCUGCUCCCAAUACAGGCUGUACAUUUGCUCUUUAUUUCUAUAUUUGUGUGUGUGUGUGCUUGUGUUUCACAUGUUUUCCUUUACCAAACAAAUACCACUGACUUUGGUAUCUUUUCUUCAUCGUGUCCAAUCCUAACAGAGGGGGAUUGAAAUGUAGUGGUGGUUCAGGAAUGUUGUGGUGGAUCUACAAAGGGAUGUGAAUGCUAUGGGGGUUGUCUGGGACCAAUACAGCUCCAGUCAGGUGCCAGUUUGGCAUUCUUCUUCAUCUGGUAGCUGGACAUGUAUAUUAUGCUCAUGAUGGAGUUGAUUUUCUGUUUUUCUGUUGCCUAUGUGAUGAUGCCUGAAUAUUGUUAUUUUAAGUAUAUUUUUGUGUUUUUUGUCUUUAUUGUGACGGGCCAGUUGUGCCACAUACGUGCAUAAGUGUUGAUCAGUGCAUUAAGUGCAUUAAGUGUGGGUUGUAUUACUUUUGAACAUUUGUGUUUUAACAGACGGAUAUAUGAUAAAUGCACAACAAGGCAGCUGGUGAAGUGAUGUAUAUACAGUACAUACUGAUCAGUUAGAAUACAGCCAAAGUAUACAUACUGAUCAGUUAGAAUACAGCCACAGUAUACUAUUCACCCGCAUGUUCCCAAUGUAUUUUCAAGUCAUUGUAAAUAUUGGUUCCAAUAACAGAGUGUUGCAUUUCUAUAUUAUACAAUCAAUGUCAUUUUUCAAUAUUCUUUAAUAAAUAAAAACUGUGUGUGACAUAAAGUGA